AUGGAAAAUCGAGGGCUGUUCGGCGCCCUUUGUUACCUGAUGUUCAAUGCACCCCUGCUGUUCAUAGUAAACGCUACAUUUACUGAAGUUCCCAAAGAUGUGACUGUUAGGGAGGGAGAUGAUAUUGAGAUGCCUUGUGCUUUUCGGGCCAGCGGAUCCACCUCUUACUCCUUGGAAAUCCAGUGGUGGUACCUUAAAGAACCAGCCAGAGAACUUGCCCAUGAAUUAGCCAUCAGUGCCCCUGGCAGCAGAAGCAAGGUAACAAAUAAGGAUGCAACUAAAAUCAGCACGGUGCGGGUCCAGGGCAAUGACAUCUCGCACCGGCUGCGGCUGUCCGGCGUGCGGCGGCAGGACGAGGGCGUGUACGAGUGCCGGGUGUCGGACUACAGCGACGACGAGACCCAGGAGCACAAAGCCCAGGCGCUGCUGCGGGUCCUGUCGCGCUUCUCCCCGCCCGACAUGCAGGCGGCCGAGGCGGUCUCGCACAUCCAGAGCAGCGGGCCGCGCAGGUACAGCCCGGCCAGCAGGGCCACCGCCGAGCCCGGCCUGGAGAAGCGCCUGCUGCCGCCCCAGGGAGUCGGGGCCGGGGCCGCGGCCGCCGCCUCAUCCGCCGCCUCCACCACCGCGGCGUCCUCCUCGGCCUCGCCCCCUCCUGGCAAGGCCGCCAUCCUCCGCCAGCAGCACGGAUCAGGUACAGGACCUAUUUAUGCUACAGACCCACUCCUAUAUAUGUUCCUGUUAAUAUUGCAUAAGCUUGUACACUUAUUAGUAAAUCACUGA